UUAGAUUUUCCGCGCUUUAUCGAAAACAAGUGUAUUACACUAUGAUGCAUAUGUGUUACUUUUCAUACUUGAUUAGCUUUAAGACAAUUUUUGGGUUUGAAAGAGUUGUCGUUUGCCUAGUUAAAUGAUCACUCUUAACCGCUAGAUAAUCGCACACAGUUAGAAGAUGUUGUGAAAAACUGAAAUCUAUGCGUCAUAUUAUUUAUAUUGAGACCCGAAUUUUCAGAAAACUGGAUUUAUGUGAAUCUAUGAAGAUGAAAUUGAAACAACUCAAGUCUAUGUUGGAUAAUGUAGAGACGUUUGAUAAACCAAAUAUUCACUUGGAGCAAUACCCAACGCCACCUGAUAUUGCCGCGGAGAUGUUGUAUCACAUUUGGAGCGCAGGAGAGAUUGAGAAUCGUGUGGUUGCCGAUCUUGGAUGUGGAGGUGGAAUUUUAUCCGUGGCAGCCGGACUUCUCGGUGCUGAUUAUGUUGUUGCGGUUGAUAUCGAUGAAAGCUCACUUGAAAUUUGCAAGAACAAUAUUCAAGAAUUUGAGCUUACAAAAAGCGUGGCCCUUCUCCAGACCGAUGUGUCAUCGCUAAGUCAAAUUUUACGAAACCCAGUAGAUACAGUUAUCAUGAAUCCUCCAUUUGGCACUCGAAAUAAAGGAGCUGAUCUCAUGUUUGUAGAUAUAGCCUCAUCUCUGUGUCAUGGUAGUGUCUACUCACUGCACAAGAGUUCUACUCGCCAACACCUUGUACGAAAAUCUGAGCAGCGUGGACUUAAAUGUGAGAUUAUUGCUCAGCUGCGAUACAAUAUCGAUCGAAUGUAUAAAUUUCACAGGGAUGAUACGCGUGACGUCGAAGUUGACUUUGUCCGGUUUAUUAAAUUGCCGCAAGAGUGCAACUGACAGUUAUGGUAGACACUUUUGAUAGUUUCUUUGCCUAUGAUCAUUUACGGGCUGUUUUAUUCCAUAUAUAGUAAUAAAAUUGGAGAAAAGAUGCCAAUAUAUUACAGACAUAUAUAUUAAGUUUGUUGUUUUCCAGAAUGGCAUUUAAUAGGACCUUCGCAGCAGCGGAAUAUGAUUUAAGAAUAAAAACAGGUCCCCAAGCAUAACAACAUGUUCAUGUGACGUUUAUUUCAUUGUAAGUUUUAAUUCUUGCCGUGUAGGUUGAUCAUGAAAAAUUCAUAUAGCCGCUUUAGACGAAAUCGAUUUAUAUGUAAACAGUAUCAUUUCCGAUAAUUUAUUCCGAGCACGCGUAAAUCUGAUGUCUGUAAGGCAUUCAAUGGAGUUUUUGAUAUCGUUAUUUCAGAGCUGGUAGGUUAUAUUAAAUGAUGGUAUUAAAUGGUGAUGAUAUUAAAUAUAUUCAGAACAUUGCCUUUCAGCCUAAACAAACACGCAUGAAGAUCGUGUUUAAAGAAAUAAUGUAGAGAAAUUGUUGCUCUUGAAGAACUAUAACAACUUGGGAUUGAGACCCAUUUAAUUAUUUCAUGGAAUGGAGUUCUAAAACCAGUAUUGUAUAAAAAAAAAAAAUAAAAUUGUUUUAAGUAACAACAUUAUGGAAUUUAUUUAAUUGCGAUUUAUG